GUGUCAAAAUAGAACCAGCGCUGCCAGCCACACAGAUCCUGUGCUUCACAGGAACACACAGACAAGGAAAACAGUCAAGUUGUUGGGUGGAAAAAGUGGCUUCCCAGGAUUGCUCUGACCAUGGCGUGAUUGUGAUCAAUCCACAUUGACAGUUUCUUGACCAAACUGAGGAAAACGAAAAGCUGUCUCUGAUACAGCCUGAGUGCAUGCAAAGGAGCAGCAAGAUGCUUCACACCAGAGACCCUUCAUCCCUGACUAGCAGCACGUCCUACGAAACACCGGCACUAUCAGAUCUCCAGCAGCUCCUGUGGCUCAGAGGAGGCUCUGAUAAUCACGUGGACCAAGUCUGGCCAAAUAUCUACCUGGGAGAUGCGUGGGCUGCUAGGAGCAAAGCUACACUUCGAAGCCUCAACAUUACUCAUAUCCUUAAUGCAGCAGAUGGACCAUAUAGCAUCAACACGGGAGCCAACUAUUAUGCAGAUCUGCAAAUAGAGUACUAUGGAAUAGAAGCAUUUGAUGAUCCUUCCUUCGAUUUAAGUAUCUUCUUCUAUGAUGCUGCCAAUUUCAUAGGCAAGGCCUUAAACUCUUCAGGAGGUAAGGUGUUCGUUCAUUGUGCCAUGGGAGUGAGCCGCUCAGCAACUUUAGUGCUUGCCUUUUUAAUGAUCCAUGAAAACAUGACACUUGUGGAUGCUCUGAAGACAGUGAGUGCUAAAAGAAACAUCUGCCCGAAUUCGGGGUUCCUCAGCCAGCUCCGGGUCUUGGACAUUAAACUGAACGAAGAGAGGAAAGGAAGCAGAGCAUCUGCUAUCAGAGGCCUGUAAGAGAGUAUUGCUGAAAGAAAGAGGACAGAAUCUUGUUUGAGUUGCCUGUAUCUCUUAUAGAUGAACUGCAUUUAUAAAUUCAGGACACAAGUUUAUGGGACACCAGGACGCAUGUUAUUAAUAAAAGUAGAUUUUGCUUGAUCUUUCCAUUUUGCAAAGCCUUCCUAGAUUUAUAUUUACGAUUGGUUGUAUACUCUAUCCUUCACUCUCCACCUUAAAACAUUACUGUCUGCUAGUUUAAAAGAAAAAAAAAGAAAAAGAAAAAGAAAGAAAAAAAGCGAAAGAGAUCAGGUUCCACUUCAGAAAUAGCUGUGUUUCAGCAACUAGUGGAGCUCAUAUCACUUUAUGAAGUGUUAGGCUAUUUGAGGUGAAAGAUGCCAUAUUAUUUAUGCUACAGUAAUGCUUAGAAGUUUUCUUAUGAACCUGCCCCUCACCCCUUCACUCCCUGUAUCUCAGAGGGUUUGUAUUUUGAGACUUGAAUCUGGCACUGGUUAGUUCUUGCUUUUACAAUUGGUGGAGCUCCUGAGUUGGGGUAACAGGCUGUUUAAAGGCAGAGCAGCUGGGAAACAACAUAAGCCAUUCUAAGAAAUUAUUCCAGGUAUCUCUACAGGCUUUUCCUUUUGGCUGUUCAUCAGAGCUUUUUUUCCUCCAUGUAAGUACGUUUCCUUGAGAGGGCAUUCAAAUAUUGUUCAUCUUCCAUAUUAAAAAUCAACCAGGAAUUGCUGUAGAAAAUGCUUCUAAAGAAGGAGGUGGGUUCCCAGCUAAGGUUAGUGCAGGAAAAUAUUUGACAAAGUUCAAAUUUGUCUGGCAGUUCAAAAUUAAAAACUUGGGAUUUUCUUUUUCAAAAAUAAAAGGUUAUUAACAUUGCAA